AUGAAAAAACAGAAAUAAAUUUCAUGGCAUCGCACCAAUGUUAGAUGGUUAUUUCUGGGCUUGACUUGCUUAUUUUAAGUUGGAUGUUGCAUUUGCAUCGAUUUCCCUUCUGUAUUAGCAAGUUAAAUCUAAUCUACUUUUAAUGUUAGUCAAAAGGAUAUCAAUUACCUAUUCUCUAUUUAUUCGAUGCCUAAUAUAGUUUUACCCUUUUUUGGUGGAAUAAUAAUUGAUAAAAUAGGAGUUAGAAGUGCUUUGAUAAUUUUUUGUUCGUUUUUGGUAAUUGGAUAAGGUUAUUAUUAUUUUUAUGUCAAGGAUUGUGUGUUUAAGGGGCUUAAGAAAAAGAUUUUAGUUUAAUAAAAUUAGGAAUGCUAUUUUUGGGGCUAGGCGGAGAAGUUUGCUUAACAGUAGCAUAAAGUGCUGUGCUUACAAAAUGGUUUUUAGGAUAAGAAAUGUCAUUAGCUUUUGGGUAUAAAUAAUAGAUAGAUAAUUAGUGUAUAAAUUACAUUCAUUAGAGUUGGCUCAGUUAUUGGUGCUAAUUGGUUACCAAAGGUUUAUAUUGAGUAUGGAAAUAGCUUUACUGCUUGUAUGGUUUUUUGUUUUGUUUUCAUUUUGAUUACAAUGCUUACUAGUUUCAUUCAAUGCAUAUUAGAUAAAAGAAGUGAUACGAGAGAUAAAGAGUAGAUGAGUUAACAAGAAUUAUCUGAAUUAGAAUAACAGCCACCAGUGAAUUGUAGUGAUGUCAAGGAUUUUAAAUUCGAUUUCUACUUAUUGUCUAUCAGUUGCGUAUGCAGUUAUAGUGCAUUUCUUAUCUUAUAGUCGAAUGCAAUCCGGAUGUUCCAAAUCAGGUAAAAUUAUUUCUAAUUUAUAGAUAUAAUCUAACUCUAACUUAAUAAACUUUUCUUUACACUUUACCAUACUUUAUUAGUGCAUCAGUAACACCAAUUAUAGGGUUUUUUAUAGAUAAAAUAGGGAAAAGACCAAUAUUUUUAAUAAUUUCUGGUAGUUUAUUAUUAUUGUCCACAAUAAUAUUUUCUAAGAAUGUAGAUUGUUCAAUUGAAGAUCAAUGUUUUAGUUUAGUUCUUUUGGCUUAAUUGAUAAAUGGAAUCUUUUUUGCUUUGUAUGCACCUGUGAUUUGGCCAUGUAUACCAUUGUGUGUGAAUGCCAAUUCAUAAGGAACUGGAUUUGGAAUUAUUGGUUCCAUUUAGAAUGCUGGUCUGACUGCAUUUCCAAUUAUUGUGGGUAGAAUUCUGUUUGUUGAAUCUGUUGAAAGCUAUUAAUAUAUGAUAUAUUUCCUUGGAUUUGUCACAAUCCUAGCUAAUAUAAGCAAUGUUAAUAUCUAUUUUUAUGAUAUCUAUCAUGGCAACAAAUUGAUGUCACCUGCAAUUAAAUUACCAGAAUACGAAGUCGUUGCAGAAUAAGAGGAAUAAAGCAUAAAUACUCGAAUUGAAUGA